AUGGACUACAGGCAUGUCACGCCUCCUUCGGACGAUGAGUACUCGACUAUGCACUGCCCUGGUGGCAGCGCCAGUACUCAGGCGUCCUACUACCCUCACAACUGGUCCCCAGAGACCGUAAUGACCGCUGCCACAACUCCGCCUCGCUCACCAUACAUUAUCCGCGAAAGCGGCUCCCGCCUCUUACCAAAACCAAGAGACCAGGACCAAAUCAUUGAGCCUAAGCCGUCAAUGGCAGGCUUCCAUGGCCACAGCCGCACAGCUUCACUGCCCGCUAAUCCCUUUGCGAUGCAGUUCGGACCAGCCAUUCCACAGUUCUCGGGCAUCGAUCGACGCUCUGCAAGCCCUCGUGGCAGAGCGCAGGCACCGAGCCCCGCGCCUUCAGCAUAUGGACAUCUUCAGCCAGAGUCAGCAUCGCACAGACCAACGAUGGCCAAUAUGAGAUCUGUGUCUGCAUACCACAUCUCGAGCGUCAGGUCUCACUCGCGCAAUGCGUCAUCUUCAAGCAUCGACGCCUCCAUGCUUAGUCGGUAUGGUUACCCGACAUAUCGGCAAAGCCCUACACCACAACCGAUCGGCUGUGGGAUCUCGAUGUCACGCACACCAAGCGCCAUGAGCCACCUAGCGCCUAUUCCCAUGCCCAAUGGCCAAGUCCAAUCGUACCCGAAUGGUCGCAGAACUGCCAGCCCUCCGGCAAACCCAUCUCGACUGUCUGUUGAAGCAGAGGUCCCGGACGACACCGACUUGUCGACCUCGACUGUCCUGGAGUACCUCACCGCACCAAACCCAACCCCCUCCCUGAUCCAAAAGAUCACCGAAACCAACAAACUCCAAAAUUCCCACUUCUGGUUCGAUAUCCGCAACAUCAGAUCCUGGUCGGACUUCAACAUCAACACAAUCUCCACCAUCCCCGGUCUCCUCGAUCUCCUCAAAGUCGACAUCUCAUCCCGCCACCUCCCCACCCCAAGCACCGUCAACCUCUCCCCAGAAUCUCCCUCACAACUAGCAGAACUCUGCGCAAACCACCACGCCAUCAAAGUCAACGCCGCCCUCAAAAUCGCCCAAGGCGACAAACACAUCGCUAUGCGGACCCUUCGACCCAUGCCCGGUGCCCGCCAGCAGCCUGAGUUCGUGGCCAACUAUCAAUCCGACGGGGAGAAGACAAUCUACGGCGACGGACGCGGCCGCGUAGUCGGUAUUGUCAAGUCCUACGACCAGUGGAAUUCAGGCUACCGGAAUGGAUCCCCGAUCGAUAAAAUCAAGUACCUCGAACAUCUAGCCCACCUCCACCGCUUCAUGCGCGAGCAUGGAACGCGCUAUGGGUUCAUCAUGACGGAGAUCGAGCUGGUCUGCGUUCGUCUGGGCGGCCCAAACACAGCUGAGAACAUCCCCCUCUUUGGAUACCUCGAAGUGGCACCUUCUGUCCAAAUUUCCGCGCAUGGGACUACGGAGGAUGGGGAGUUGAGGAUGACGGUGGAGUUGGCGUUGUGGUAUUUACAUAUGCUCGCUAAAGAGCAGCCGUUUCCGGAGCAGUGUCAUUGGCGUCUGGAUGUGGGAGGGCCGACGGUGAUGACGAGGAAACAUCAUCUGCCGAGGGAUGAGUGGAUGCCGAAGGUUAAUCAGCAGGAUAAGAGAGUGUCGAAGAGGAUGAGGGGCUGGGUUUGGCCGGAUGAACCGCUUCAUAAGAGGGAGUGUGGGAAGGGGAGGAGGAAGUGA